AUGGGAAAUGAUGAUGAAUGGCAAAUGAGAAGCUUCGCUAUAACUUGUAAAGAAAAAAAAAAUACUUUGAAAAUGUUUUCUUCUAAACAUUUCGCCAUUUACACGCCUUCUCAUAUUCAAUGUUCUCUUGCUUAUGGGAGAAGGAAGAGAAGAACAAAAGUUAUAUUUAGGAACACUAAGAAUCCGAAUCAGGUGCUCGAAGUCAUACCACACAUCAUCUCGUUGAACGAUGAUUUGUCGCGUGAUGAGCUAAUAAAAGAGUACAGCAGAAGGAGCUUAACAUCUAUCAUAUAUUCAAAGAAUUUUCUUUAUUCACUUAAUCAUCAGCUAAUUAUUUGA